AACAACAAUAAAACAACACCCACGUCGGUUCACGAUCUGUGAGGGGAUUAAAAGCUGUUCAUGCUGCAGUAAAUGGUGUGUUUUUCGAACUGCAAGUACAUCCAUUGUAGUAUUUAUCAGGAGAAGAAGCAAGCAAGAGGAAUUACUCCAGGAGAAACUACUGACAUACUAUUGAAAAGAUGGAGUUUAAAGAAGAACCCUGCAGAAUAAAAGAUGAAGAUACAGAGGAACAACUAGACGCAAUGGAAGUGAAUGAAGACAAUCAGCAUAAUUUUGCAAAUGAAGAUGAAAACAUCAUUUCACAGACUGAAAAGAAUUUGGCACAGAAAAGUGCUCUAAAAACUGAUGAAAAAGAUUCUUUCACUUGUUCUGAGUGUGGAAAGAGUUUAAACAAUAAAUCAAACCUAACGAGACACAUGAGAUUUCACACUGGAAAAAGACCUUAUACAUGUACUGAGUGUGGAAAGAGUUUUGUUCUUAAAGGACACUUGAAGAGACACCUACUAGUUCACACUGGAGAAAAACCGUUUACAUGCACUCAGUGUGGAAAAAGUUUCGCAUCCAAAACCUCUCUCACCACUCAUCUGCACUCUCACACUGGAGUGAGAUCAUUCGGCUGUGUUCAGUGUGAUAAAACAUUUGUUUUUGACCAAAACUUAAGAGAACACCUUAAAGUUCAUGAUAGUGUGAAGGCUCAUGUUUGCUCUUUUUGUGGAAAAGGUUUUUCACUACUGAAAAAUUUACAAGUUCACCAGAGUAUUCAUACUGGUGUGAGACCUUAUAUGUGCUUUGACUGUGGAAAGAGCUUUAAUACAUUAAGCAACUUAAAAAGACACCGAAGAAUUCAUACUGGAGAGAAACCGUUCAAGUGCUCACUCUGUGGUAAGAGUUUCUCUCAUUCAUCGUCCUUGAAAGCUCACGAGAGUGUUCAUACUGGAGAGAAGCCGCACCAGUGCUUUUCAUGUGGGAAGAGUUUCACCUGUUCUUCUAAUCUACUGACUCAUAAGAAGAAGCAUUGUUGUGUGAGCAAAAGCACUUGUGAAACAAUGGUGCCGUCAGUCCAUUAAAACUAUGUUAAUGUUAAUGAGUUCAACGAUGUUAGAAACUCACAUUUAAAGUGUACAGUAGAUGUUAAUAUAUUGAAUUCUGUCAAGUUUGGUCUCGGGGUAGUUUAUGGUUGAAUGGGUUUUUAUUAAUAUACUGCAGGGCUAUUCAAUUGGCGGCCUGCGGGCCAAGUGCGGCCCGCCAAUCAUUUUCAUACGGCCCGAGGACAUCCCAACCUCCCUCCUAUUUUCUGGUGGUGGGGCUAAAUUUGGUUAGAUAUGCGCGUGGCCGCAGGGACGCCUGCAGCUGGACGACUAUACACACUGUGUGUGUACCAUGAGGCAUGAGCGCUCCAACUGACCUGAGAGAAAUGUUUUCAGUCCGAAUAUUUAAGCAGUAAUUAUGUGUGUCCCGUAUUUCUGUUGACUAAACCAGCGAUAUUAAUCAUUCGUUGGUUCGAUUAUUUCCUUUCCAUGAAUUGGCCAAACGCGCUUGCAUAACGGUCUGAAACGAUUUGGAUUCGUUCGGACCGUUCUGUCACUGAAUCAUCUGAAGCGGUUUCUCGGUCAGUAACAACACAUAGAGAACAAAAUAGCGCUGGUUUAGUUGUUUCUCUAGUUUACUUUGAACUAGGCAGCACGGCCUAGCGGAUAAUGAAACGCAAAGCUUAAAGGAGUUGCAUUUACUCUUGGUCCCAGACAUUAUUAUUAAACAGCGUUGCGACAUCAAGUGAGAAGUUAAGUCAAGUCAAGUCACAUUUAUUUAUAUAGCGCUUUUCACAAUACAGAUUGUAUCAAAGCAGCUUC